UGCUGCACGAAAUCAACAUGCACUGUCUAAAGAUUUCAUUUGUAACGGGUGUAUUCCUCGUUUACCUAACCGGUACUGAAGCAGUUAAAAGUUUAUCAGUCGGGAAGACAGAAUUGAGUUCUCAAUAUGAAAGUUGCAAAUAUAUUUUGACAAAGAAUCCAAACCUUAAAGGAAAAGAUGGUGUAUAUGAGAUAUAUGUUGGCAAUGAAAAAAGGGAAGUGUUCUGUGACAUGACUACCGAGGGAGGCGGUUGGACGGUCAUCCAAAAAAGAAUCGAUGGAUCUACGGAUUUUUAUAAAAACUGGGAUGAAUACAAAAAUGGAUUUGGAGACCCAUGCAAAAACUACUGGAUUGGGAAUGACGCAAUUCAUAUUUUGACGGAGAAAAAGAAGCAAGUGCUUCGGGUUGAACUUCUAAGCUUUGAUUUUGAAGAGGCGCAUGCUGUGUAUUCCAAGUUUCAUGUCGGAAAUGAGGCCAGUAGUUACAAACUCACCGUAUCGGGAUACGGAGGAACAGCAGGAGACAGUUUGCAUUAUCACAACGGAAUGAUGUUCUCUACAUGGGACAGAUAUCAUGACGAGAGCAACCAUAACUGUGCGAAAGAAUAUCACGGAGCCUGGUGGUACAAACAGUGUUUUUCAUCGAACCUGAACGCAGGAUCUGCUGGGAGUGGUUUAACAAAGAUGGUCUGGUUUCAUUGGAAGUUUAAGUUUGUAUCACUGAAAGGGACGUUGAUGAUGGUGAGAUCCGACAACUAGGUGGAAUUCUUUUAACAGCGCCUUCCACAGUCUUAUUAACUGUUCGUCACGUUGUGAACAACAUCAUUCUCUGAAAACAAUCGUUGAAUUGUAUUCUGUUUGUUAGUAUGAACUACUGAAUUCUUAAUUCUAUCAGCUAAUUAAUGCAAAAAUGUAAUACUUAUAUAUCCUAUGAUCGAUAAAAUCUUUAGAAAAAUAG